AUGUGUGUGUGUCUGAGCAAGAGCCUGAAGAGACCGACUGGACAGAUCCCAGACCAGAGAGAGUUUGGACAGAUCGCAGACGCUCCGAGGACAGUGCAGUCAUCCAGCCUGGACCAACAAGUGGAGUUGGCAGAGAAGGCUCACCAGUACAACUAUGAGGCUAAAGCAAUGCUUGCGCAGGUGACAUGGAGCACCAUUCUGAGCCGGGAGGAGAGCUACAAGCUGCGUUUGGUCCUCAACAACGCUGUCAUUCCACGGCUGCAGGCCUGGCGUGCCAUCGCUGACAUCGAAGGCAAAUCUGAGGACGAGAAGGAGAAGAAUUUGGCCCUCAACCAUCUUAAAAAGAUCGGAAAUGAGAUCACAGAACUCUGUGAGAAGCUGCUGGAUUCGAUCUACUCCCUCCUGCGAUCUGAGAGAGAUCCAGAAGCAAUAGUCUUCUAUUCGACAAUGGGAGGAGACUUCUGCAGAUACAUGAGAGAGGUGGCAUCAGAGCUUAAGGAAGCAUCCGGUAAUCGUGCCUUGGAAUUCUACAUCUAUGGGUUUGACCAGGCUCAGUACCUGGAGGCCUCACACCCCCUCCGCCUCACCCUGGUCCUGCACCUCUCUGACUUCUACUACGAAGACGUCCACCUUCGGGCCGAGGUCAUCAAUAUGGCCCAAGACGCCGUGAGCAAGGCCAGUAAGCUGCUGGAAAAGGCUCCGAACCAAGAAAGCAGCGUGAUCGUGCAGCAGUUUAAAGACAGGCUCAGUCUCUGGACGCCACUCUAG